AUGUACGAUGACGAUGUAAGUAUACUUCUGGGAUAUGGUAAUGCUUCUUUUGCACAUCAAUCAAUAUAUUCAACCGGCUCUGGUUCAAUUUUUGUGGCUGUUGGUGAUUUUAACAACGACAGGGUGUUGGAUAUCAUUGUUGCUAAUACAAUGAACAAUACUGUAAGUAUACUUCUCGGAUAUGGCAAUGGCUCUUUUCUUCAUCAAACGACAUAUUCAACAGGCAACAGGCCAACGUCUGUAGCCGUUGGUGAUUUUAAUAACGACUCUCUAUUGGAUUUCGUCGUUGCUAAUUUUUAUGACAACACUGUAGGUAUAUUUCUUGGAUAUGUCAACGGCUCUUUUGGAUCUCAAACGACAUAUUCAACUCCCCCUAGUCCACGCUCUGUAGCUGUUGAUGAUUUUAACAAUGACAAAAUAUUGGAUAUCGUCGUUGCUAAUGUGUAUAACAAUACUGUAAGUGUUCUUCUUGGUUAUGGCAAUGGUUCUUUUGCAGAACAAACGACAUAUUCAACCGGUUAUCAUCCGGAAUUUGUGGUUGUUGGCGACUUUAACAAAGACAAACUAUUGGAUAUCGUCGUUGCUAAUUGGCAGAGCAACACUGUAAGUGUUCUUCUUGGUUAUGGCAAUAGUUCUUUCGCAAAGCAACUGACAUCUUCAACUGGUGCUUCUCCAAGUUCUAUAGGUGUUGCUGACUUUAAUAACGAUGGUCAAUUGGAUAUAGCCGUUACUAAUAGUGGUGAUAAUACUGUAACUGUAUUGUUCGGAUACGGGAAUGGCUCUUUUGCAAAUCCAAUCGCAUAUGUAACUGAUGCUUUUCCAAACUCUGUAGCUGUUGGAGAUUUCAAUAAUGACAGUCGAUCGGAUCUUGUUGUUAGUAAUUUAUGGAGUGGCACCGUAGUUUUACUUCUUGGAUAUCGCAAUUACGAUUUUGAAAAACAAACGACACUCAUAACUGGCAAUGAAUCUCGACCGAGGUCGUUUGCUUUUGGAGAUUUUAACAAUGACAGUCAAAUAGACAUUGUAGUUGCAAAUUCGGACACUAACACAGUGUGUAUUUUUCUGGGACAUGGUAAUUAUUCUUUCACUGAUCGAAUAUCAUUAUUAACCGAGUCUACUCCAAUCUCGGUUGCAACUGGUGAUUUCAAUCAGGAUAGCAUACUUGAUAUCGUCGUUGCUAAUUAUGAGACCGAAAAUGUUGGUGUAUUUCUGGGACAUGGUAAUGGCUCUUUCCUAAGCCAAAAAAAGUUUUGGACUGGCUAUAAAUCUCAACCUAAUGUGCUUGCCUUGCAAAAAUUGGAAGAAAUCAAUCAAGAAUUAAAACUCCAUAUAUCAUUACUUGAACGAUCAAUUGAAAAACAUAAACGUUUAAUACGAAAACGUGAAAAAGAACUUGAACAAGUUAAAAAUGAAUUUGAACAUAAUAUAUUCAAUGUUUCAUCACUUAGUAAUAAAUGUACGAAACAAGAUGUAGAAAUGAGUAUUCUUCGUAUUGAAAAUGCAUCAUUAAAUGAAGAAUUACGAUUACUGAGAGAAAAUAUUAAUCAUUGUCAAGAACAACAAAGACGUUUAAGAAAAGAUUAUGAUUAA